CAUAUUGCCAGUGUGGGCCUGGUUGCGGGCAUAGGUCCCAUGUAAUAAAAACCCGCCUUGCGAGCCCAAAUUAAUGGCCUGCCAGCCGAUCCUCCUCCCUUCACUAUGCAGUACAUUGAUGCAGAGUGAAUUGAAUGAAGAAAGCAUGCCAGCCAGGUCAGAAGUGCCUCCAUUGCUGCCAUGCUACAAGUCAGAGUCAGAGAUACCAACACAGGAUGAGAAUGCUCCUUUGAGCCCUCCACUUCUUGUACCUCAGGUUGAGGGUAACCUCCCUAAGGAUGACACAAGUGUCAGUGGCUUGGGCACUAGAAAACGCCAAAUGCCCUCCCGAUUCAUCAGUGGAGAUUUUGUGCCCAUUCAUGGAAUUCCAUUUUCCUGCAUUCGUUCUGCUCUGCAACCAGGUAUUGCAGGUCGGAAGAAGCCAAGAAGUCAGCAUCAACUGAAAAGGAUACUGCCAUCCAGAUUAAAGGUGCAGAAACUUCGUCCUCAUUCAGAGCCCUUAGCUUCAUAUGAAGAUAGAUGUGGUUCACCAGGGAAACAGAGGAAGCUGGAUACCUAUGAGGAUAUUGAGUUACCAUAUCCUGAUGCCUCUUUGCCUGAGAAACAGUUGGCUUCAAUAACUCCUCUGUUGGAUGUAGCAUCCUCAGGACUGGUUUCCACAAAUGAGAAAGUGCAGAGUGAUUCAAUUGGAUUAGAGGGAGAUGCUUGCUAUGUGAUAUCCCCAAAUGUGCUACUCCCUCCUCCUCUUUCAUCAUAUGAUGAUCCCAACGUGGAAGAUGCGAUGCACAACUUUCUGUCCAAUGGCAUUGAAUCAUCUAAGCAGCAGAGUUCUUCAGGUGCCACUGAGCUGGACUAUAAUGAGAAGGUGCUUUUAGCUUCACAAGUGAAUGCUGAAGUUGAAGUUGUGGAAGAAAUGGAUUUUGUGCUCUUCAAAUCUGAAUGUGACAUGAUGAAGUAUUGUCAGUUAGAGGCUGACUUCUGUCGGAUGAAGACACCCUGCAAGAAGGAAAUAAUGGAACCAGUGAUGAAAAAACAACUGAGUACCUCAUCAAGUAGUCUUUCUAGUUAUUUUUCAUCAAGUGUUGAGAAGAUUCCUUUCAAGAAUGUGAAGUUAAAGAGACCCAGAGGGAGACCCCGGGGAACAUUAAAGGCCUCUCGAAGCUUGUGCCAGAGUUUUUCUACACCCUCUGGUCUCUCUGCUUCAGAUAGAAGUCUCACAUCUUCUGCAGAACCAGUAUUUGAAAAACGGAAGAGAGGACGUCCAAGGAAGAUCAGGAUGGAAAUGUUGCCAAAACUUGAGACUGUUUCAUGCCUGAAUGCUGUCAACACUUCUCUGACCAAGGAAGAGCGUUUGAGACGAUCUGGACGUCAGCGAACCUUUACUUUCAAGUUGCAGGAUAUCAGUGGGGAUCUUGAAGAUGAAACAGCACUUUCUUUAGAAGGUGAUGCUACACAGCAUGUGAUUUUAAAGAGGAAGGAAAAUGCAGGCAGUGUAAUUGAUUCAGACUUGAAGUGUGCUUAUACCCCUGUAAAAGCAGAGACAUGUAUGUCAGACACUUCGUCAUCUCAGAAACCAACUCCAUCUCAGCCUCUCUGCAAGCAUUCUUUUACCCUGAAAGAGAUGGAGGAGCUUGACAUAUUAACUCCUUCAUUAGCAAUGAGUUUGGGGCUCUGGACAUAUAGAAUUUCCAAGAAACAUCCUGCAGAGCUUGUGAAGAAGUCCCAUAUCAUCCCUAUUGAUAUGGCAGUGCAGUGUGUUGCAGCUCUUGCUAUUACUUUGCCAACCAAUCCAACUAUUAAUACACCAUCAUUAGAUUCCUUGACUAAACAGCAGAAAAAACGUGGAUCAAGAACCUGCCAUGAAGAGCAGAGGUCAACAUACCUCCAAGAAAAAGUAAUCAGACUCGAUGAUGAUGAUGAUGAUGGGUUUGAUCCAACAGAUCUUGUCCAGGUAGACAUGAAUCCUGAUGAAAGUCCUGAGUGUGACUAUUCUGCUGAUCUCAGUGGAUCUUUGGUUAACAGAACUGAAAUUGACUCUCAAAUUCAGGACAAACUACCUACCCCUCCAUUGGCUAAAAACGUUUCUGCAACUCUCAGAUACUUGAAGAAUCCAUCACCAGUUGUGAAAGUUCUGGAAAUGAAGAACUUCAAAUAUUUGAUGUGUCACAGAUAUCUGGAGUUUCCCUUCCUUAGAAGUCGAGAGAAGAGCAGCAAGUUGAUAAUGCAUCUGCAUGAUAGACCUCUGGCUCCAUUGAGUAUUGGGGUGCCUGAACCCAUCCUGCCCUAUUGGAAAGAUUCCAGCAUGGCAGAUGGGUGUUCUGUCAUUCUGCGGACUCUUCACAAGAAUGGGCAGCCUACUGUGCCCAGAUCAUUCCUCUUGCAAUCCAUACGAAAUAAGAGUUCGGCAAUGCAGAGGAAGGAUGCUUGGGGGCCUUUACAUGCAUCAGUUGUGAGGCGAAAGUCAUCACAUGUAGGAACAACAAAUGGGCAGGUAGGUGUACCUUUGACAAAGCUUUGCAGUGGCACUGGGCAAAUAGCUAAAGCAUUUCGUUUAGUCUCUGGCACCUUGACUGGGAAUGGAGCUGUGAAGGUGUAUGGGUGUGUCAGCCGUGGAAGUGAAUCAUCUGCAGAAACCCUUCCCCGUAAUGCUUGGUGUGUCUGGUCUCUAACUGAUCCUCAGGUGAAGGUAUACAGUCAUGUAGAUGCACGAGAUAUUAAGUUCCCUGUCGACAUAGUCAAGACACUUGCACGGUGGUCGCAAACUUCAAGAUCCGUCUUACAAAUGAAGCUAAAGAAUGGAUCAGACAAGUCCUUUGGAAUCUAUUCCUCCAAGAAACUCCCAAAAAUAGCAUUUGUGGGUCCAUACAUCAAGUCUCAGUUACCCAUUGCUCAAGAGAAGCUUGAGGCAGUUAUUGAUGGAAUGUUGAAAGACAAGCACAUGAAAGUGAAUAAAGCAAAGGAUGUGAUGGCCAGAGCCUUGGGCUAUGAUGACCAUUGUGUGAUUGCUGAUGCUGAAAGUAGUGAAGAUUACAGUCCAUAUCUUCUACAGGAAUCAGACUUCAAUCCAGUUGUAAACAUCAUGGAGGAUGAAGAAAUAUUGAAGGAAGGAGCAACUUUGGAUUGUGCUCAGAAUAGCAUGGUCUGUCCCAUAGUGCGUGAGGAGAUUGUUUGCACCUCUGACUUUGAGAUGGAGGAGGGAAAGAAGCAAAAGCCAAGUGGCUCUUUCCAGGAUCACCAUGAUCUCUAUGAAAUUGAUGCUUGUCCAACUGAAACUGUAGAUGAACAGAGUGAUCAGGAAGAGGAGAGCUAUCAAGAAGAGCUUCAAAAUCUUGGAAACCUUUUUGGAUGGUCUGAAGAAGAUGGCGAGGAUGAUGAGCUACUCUAUGAAGCUUGUAUAGUUGUGAAAGAAUUGGAAGCUGAGGAAGAGCAAUUGAAGAGGACCAAAAGUGACAUUAGAGCCUGUUUCCAUUCUUCAAUGUCCUCUUUCCUUCAAGAACUCAAAGAGUUCCUGCAAGAUGGACAGUUAUUUGAUGCUGUUAAAGAGACUAUGGCACGUCACUUUGAGGCACACCAUUGCAACUGGGAAUGCCUACCAGAGGAAGAGCCUGAUUUCAUUCUCCCAGAGGUUGGGGGAGACGUGCCUUUUCAUUGUGUGAUUCCGUUGCUUCAAGAAAUGAACUGUGAUGAAGGAACAACAGAGGAAGAGUUUGAGGAAGAGGAAGAGCAGGCUCUGACCCCUGUAGAACGACAAUUUGAAGCUGCCUGUGAGGAUGUUAUCCACCAGAUGAACCAGGAAAUCUCAUCUUGCAUUGGAGAGCUCCUCAUAGAUCCUCCACCAUCAGAUUACUGAUGAAUCCUGAAAGAAUACCCCAGAGUACAAAUA